UAACGCUGUUAGUUUGUGUCCCUGUGAGUUCGGGUCUGGCUUCUGUCCUGAUCCGGUUUUAAACUCGGUGAACUUCAGUUUCUUCAGGGACUCUGAGGGUUGAACGGUCCGUCCGAGGACCCGGAUGAAGCAGGAGCGGGAAGUUUAAACCAGCUGAGCUUAGCACGCGGCUAACAGCUAGCUAACAGUCAAUAAAAGGACUUUAUCAGAACCGGAUCAACAGAACCGCCAGAAUGCGGCCUCAGCCGGGAUCCGGGUCCGACAGGCCGCCGGGUUCAUCCGCUGAACCCAGUCCGGAUCAGUCCUCCUGCAGCUCGGACACCGGGGACGUUUUAAUCCGCUCCACUCGGGCUCUCCUUUCGGGUCGGAGACCUGAAGCCGGACCAGGACCCGGAUCGGUCCAGAUAACCGUCCAGAAGCUGCCGGAACCUCCGAACCAGCGUCCUGUGGCCGAACAGAGGCCGCAGAGCUCCGGGACAGAGACGCAACAGCCGAAGCCCCGACACAAGCCGGACAAGGGGCUCCGUCUGCGGGCAGCAGCGCGCCCUGAGCCCGGUAAGAGCUCCGACACACGGACACUGAAGAACCCGGGACCUGCUGGACCUGCUGGACCUGCUGGACCUGCUGGACCGACCAAAGAGAACAGAGCGCCCGCAGGAAGACAGCCUCCUGCAGCCGAGUGGAGCCCAGACAGGAAGCUCUCGGCUGGAGCACCGAGCGACCGGCAGCCUGGUCACGACCUUCUGACGUCACGCUUUGCUGCAGGAGGUCGAGGAGUCGUGCUCGCCGCUCUGAAACAACGCUCUCACAGCGCCCCCCACAGGAGGGAGGUCAGAGUGCAGCUGUUGGACCCGGGGCCGCUCCGGACCAGCUCUCAGGAUGCUUCAGGUCCCACGCCCAGCUCCCAGGAUGCACUGGGUGUGACGGAUGUCCAGACGCAGGUGGGGCCGUCCUCUGGUUGCCCUGGAGACGCCACCAACGCCGCAGCAGCUGCUGCAGCUGCAGCUGUAACCGCUGCUGCUCCUCUCAUCAAGGCUCAGUCAGAGAUGGAGGCUCGUGUGUCUCACCUGGCUGCAGGUGUGCAGGAGCUGCUGCAGGCUGGCAGGGAGGGCGGGGACAGGGGGCGGAGCCUGAGUCAGCAGACGCUGCAUCACCUGGAGACGCUGCACAGCCAACAGCUGCAGCUGCAGAGCCAGCUGCUGGAGUCGGCCCUCAGGAUAGCGGCGGGCCACGCCCCUGUGGCGCCUGCGACCUCUGACCUCACGGCUUCAGGUCAGCCGCCCCGUCUGCAGGUCACUCACCUGGACGCUGCAGCAGAUGUCCUUAGCAACCAGCAGCAAAGCUCCUCGGCAACCACAGCCGCCGCCACGAGGAGACGUACCCAGUUGCUAUGA